UAUAAGUGCCUCAAGCAAUUUGUUUCUAGAGAGGACUGGGAAUUACACCGAUGUUUUUCCCACGAUGCCUCCGUGGCCUGCGGAGUGGGAAGUUGUACGGCUGCCUUUACUCCAUCAGAUGCAGAGGCUCUGGCCUUCCAUAGGCGCAGACACCCUACCGUCGAGGAGCCGCCCCGAAAGAAAUCCAAAGGAUCUCAACCCAAGGAGGGGGAUGGCACGGGGCAGGAGCUGGGGGUCGAUCCCGCAUCGAUCUCGAUGCCCCAGCUCACAGCCGCUGUGCAUCCCCUGCGGGAUUUAGAGGACGGGCCGGAACUAGCAGAUUCCCCUCUGGUCCGAGGAUUGCUGGCGGAGAGCGGGGAUCCUCUGCUGGGGAUGAACAGCAGAGCGGUUGGAGAAUACCUGGAAGGGCCGGAUGUAGACUUGGAGGGGCUGGACUUAGACUUUUUGAACAGUGCAUAGACUUUUUGGGUGAUUUGUUGUGACUUGUUAAUGUAAAUUCUCCUGAAUACAGUGAGGCGGUUAGCUUAAUUAGCUUGAUUUUUAUGUUUGAGGACAAAACUGAAUUUUUUAAGAAGGGGGUAGUUGUAGAGACCCACCCUGUAUAUAGCUAUUUAUUAUAUCGUAUUUAUCCAGUGUGUGUCCCUUUAAUAUCUAUAAUCAGUAUUUA